AUGCUAGUGCGUAAUAAUCAGCUGAUAAACGAUGAUUUAUGGAUUCGUAAUGGAAAAAUAAUGUAUCCACAAGAUAUUUUUUUUAAAGAGAAACGUAAAGCAGAUUAUUGUUUUGAUUGUAAGGGAGCAAUCAUUUCACCAGGUUAUAUAGAUUUACAAAUUAAUGGUGGAUUUGGUUAUGAUUUUUCAUUUCCGGAUGAAAGUACUGCAGAAAAAGAUAUUCUAUUAGAAGUAGCAAAAGAGUUACCAGCAUAUGGAACAACUGCAUUUUGUCCGACAAUAGUUACCUCACUACCUGAGACUUAUAAAAAAUUAUUGCCAAGAUAUCAAAGACGAAAAGGUUCAGCAAAAGACGGAGCCACAGUUUUAGGUGUUCAUGUUGAAGGUCCAUUUAUAGAUCCUACUAAACACGGUGCUCAUCGAACAGAUUUUUUAAGACAAGUUCCAAACGGCAUGGACGAUAUAUUAGAUUGUUAUGGAUCAUUAGAUAAUGUUAGUAUUAUAACGAUUGCACCUGAAAUUCCUAAUGUGCUUGAACAUGUCAUUCCAAGACUUGUAGAUGAGUAUGGUAUUAUUGUUUCAUUAGGUCAUUCAUUAUCGAAUCUAACCGACGGUGAAAAGGCUGUCUGUGCUGGUGCAAGAUUUAUCACACAUUUAUUCAAUGCUAUGUCCUCAUUUCAUCAUCGUGAUCCUGGUCUCAUUGGUCUAUUAACAAGCCAUCAGUUGUCAUCUUCGACACCAGUUUAUUAUGGCCUCAUUGUCGACGGUAUUCAUACGCAUUCGGCAGCAGUUCGUCUCGCACAUUGCGUUCAUCCAAAUGGUUUAGUUUUAGUCACAGAUGCAGUGAUAGCACUAGGUUUUUCUGAUGGUGAAUAUAAUUUAGGUGAAAAUAAAAUUACUGUCAAAGGUAAACGUGCAACAAUUUGUGGAGAAGAAACAUUAGCUGGUAGUAUCGCUUCAAUGUCUGACUGUGUUAAAUAUUUUCGUCAAGCACUGUUAGAUGGCGAAACAAAUAAUAGUAUUUAUAUUAAACAUCACCCACAAAAUGAAAAACAUCGGUUUGUUGUCGAAGCAAUUAAUAGUGCUACUUUACAUCCAGCACAAGUGUUAAAAAUUGAUAAACAAAAAGGUACACUAAAUUAUGGUGCAGACGCGGAUUUUAUUUUACUGGAUCAUGAUUUGAACGUAUUAGCAACUUAUAUUGGCGGUGAUCAAGCAUGGUGUAUAAAUGAUGAAUGGUCAAAUGAAAAAUUAUUAAUUAAAGACAAUGAACAAAAAGAAAAAGAAAACCUUCCUUGUUAG